AGUUACGGCAAAAAAAACACUACAGAAAACCAAAUUGAUUCUACAUAAGACAAACUAAUCCAUACUGCAUUGUUUUAUUACCAAAAUAACUAAAACUAUCCAGAUUAUCAUUAAUCAGUCUCAAACUUUCUCCGGAUAACGUACCAUCGAUAUGAUUUAUAUUUAAUUAUAAUUCAUUAUGACCGAAUUGCACCAUAAACAGUUUUAGUGGCCAAUUAAACUUCUAAUCACGCCAAAUAAAAUUCGUAUUUACAUUAGCGCUUGAAUCUAAUCGAACUGAGAUACAUCUUAAUCUUCAAUUUGAUGUAGCUCGAAGUAACCUAGACAUCAAGUCUCAGAACAAAUUCGAACUUCAUUCAGAGACAAUUUAUAAUUUGGUUUACGACUAGGAUAACGGCUGAACAAACAGUGAACAAAUAGAGCAGCCCCUUGGCUCUAACAAAGCCACAAAACAGCCUCGGGGUCAUAAAAGCAAAUGGAUUUGCCAAGAAGACCCGGAUCAGAGGCAAACGAAAACAAAGGGUUCAUUUAUGCGGGUAAAAACACAAAUUACAAACACCCUAAAGGCUCAAAUCAUAUUGGUACAAUUAGAACACGUGAAAAAGUCACAGUCACAGACGUGAACACAGCAAUUACUGCUUUGGCAACCAUUGAAAAGUCUGCAUUACCACCGCCGUAUCCUUUGCAGCCCUCCAAUUUAGAUCGACAUUCAAAACUAUUAUCUGUCAUCAAUCCUAACAAAGAACAGCGAAAAACAUCCGACAUUUCCAGUUCUUUAAGUCCAAUUAGCACACCAUCUAUUCAACAGAGACGAAUUAUGAAUCUAUCCAAUAACCCAGGCAGCAAUUACGAAUACGCAUUUUCAUCUAUACCGAAUUCACCUCAAGAACAAAAUCAAGUCUUUUCGCCCCUCUUCAGUAAAGCGAGAAGAGGCAACGAUUUGGUUCAAUACUCUGAAUGUCUAAACCAUCCAGAUACCUCAUUGAGAAAUCAUCCCAGUACUCAGGCGACCUCAUCGGAAACGAGAUUUCCAAGAUAUGAAAACUGUGAAUUUUGCGACCCCACAAGUAAUCAACAAAACCCAAAUUCCGCCACGCACGCUCAGCUCUUCCCAGAAACAAUGCCACAUAACAACUUCGAAGCCACCUGUCAGCAUCAAACGAACAAAAAUCGAUUAUCCAAAAGCUCCGAUUCAAUUAUGGAUUUUUGUUCGGGAGGCUGCCAUGUUUCGCAGCAGGAGAACACAUGGCAAUUUUGCGAUCAACAUAAGAAAGUGCAAGAAGGUAAAUUAUCGAAACUCAAAAAGUCAACUCACUAUAGCGCGUCAGCCGAAGCGAUUAUUUUGGUGCAUCCUUUCAGUUGUGAAAGAUUAGCAAUUCUGGCAAUAAUAUCAACUCUGACCUGCUUGGCAACCUUAUUAACAGGUGCUAUUUUUUAUAUUUGGAUCUUACCGCGAUAGAAGCCAUUUUUGAAUUAAAACAAAAA